AUGUUUCUUGCCAAUAUCGUUGUUUUUGCUGUAGCCACCGUGGCCAGGACGGCACCGGUAGUUGAGCAGGGUCUGAACUCCAUCAGGUGGACUCCAGAGCAUAUCCUCCAGCCAGACGAAGUCAUUCUCUUUGGCGAGGGCCGAAUGGAAAUUGUCUCUCAAAGCGUCUACAAUGAUAUGGUUGCCGCGGAAGGGUAUCCCCUCACCGCGCCUGAAAUUGAAGAAGCUUCUCUUAGCUCUGCCGACAACAGUAGCUCUGAGAUCGCUGCCCGAGCUUCAUGUGACAUGACCAUCGCAACAGUCAUCGACAAGACAGAAACCUUCAUCGACUGGGACGUCCAGAUGUCGCCCGUAGUGGCCGGCGCUGGCUCCGGCUUGGAAGUCUCCGUUGACAUGGGUUAUUCUGUCAGCAACUCUGUUAGCGUAAGCGCCGGGCUCGAUUCCACGUUGAUCUCGAAUGGACUGAGUGCAUCGACGGGGGUUAGCUACACCCGCGAGUGGACGACGGACACCGCAAUUUCUAUCAAGGGAACCGUACCAGAUGGUUACCACGGUGCUAUGAUUACCAAACCCUACAAAACCCGCCGCAGUGGCCGGGUUCUGAAGGGUUGUAUUGGCUCGCAGACGCAGACCGGGACUUUCUCCGCUGAUUCGUACCAAGAAGAGUCUCAUAAUGGCGUUGAGUGGGUUUCUGGUUCUAUCACUCUGUGUAUGAAGAAAGAGUUCCCUCUCACUCGCUGUACAGGGGGUGGAACGUUUAUUUGA